AGAGGACCCGCUGAAAUUCAAAGUAGAGGAGGAUACGGAAACACCUUGAUAACAAGGAGGGUAUUUUUCUCUUCUAAACAACUGACUUUUGGGCUAAACCGAACCGAAGUUUUUAAUACAACUUCUGAGAUCAAUAUGGAGGCAGCGGAGGAAAAUGGUAUUAAUGUUACCCUAAAGAGGCAGAGAGAACCUCUGUCAGACACCGAAGACAACAUCCUCCCUGUAGCAGAUGUCCUGAAGCGGCGGCGUCUGGAAGCAGCCGGUGAGGAGAACCGGAGCCCGCAGCCGUGCUCUUCUAGGCAUUUGGCUGAGUUCAAGACAAAACCGGACACCCCGAUAAUCCCGUCAGUCCAGUCCCGACUCCAGCUGCUCACUCAGAGAAAAGACGGAGCUCUUGCAGCCCGGCGCAUUCUCUCAGAUCCGGGAACUGAAGGCCCAGCGGUUCCUAUUAAGGGCAGCAGAGAGCAUCUUCUCGGUGAGGAAGAAUUUCAUCAGCGGCUGGAGCGCUUUAAGGCGCCGGCCUCUCAGGCUAACACCCCCCAAACGCAGAGCCCUGCCAGCACCUGCUCACGGACCCGCUCCGACUUUGUGUCAAACAUUCAGCAGAAACUGCAGUGCUCAACGACACCCAGCUCCAAGCAGGUGUCCAUCAUACGGCAGGAACGGGAACUGGAGUUAAACCAGUUGCCUUUCCAGCCAAUCAGUGAGAAUGCCUGGCUGAAAAGGUGCAGCUCCGAUUCCUUAAUAACUCAGGUUCCUGGAGAAACUGAAAUGAAAGACGGGAGUUUCACUGAACUUUUGACAUCUGCUGCUAAGAAACCUUCUGGGGACAUGAUGGGUGAAGGAGCACCCUCUGCAGAACCCAGACUCACCCACGAAGGGCAGAAGGAGAGCAUUUCUCUUGAUGCAGGGUCGGGCUCUCAUGAUGACACCAACACAGCUGAAACCAUUGAGAAGAUGUUUGCAGAGGUGCUGGAAUAUGCAGAAAAGGUGGAGGACAACAGGCUAGUUGAGGAAGACGGAGAGGGUCAUGAUAGCGGCAUCUCUGCUUGUUCUGGAGAAAAGGGGGGCGUGGAGAAGAGCAGAAGAGAGGAAGAGCCCAAAGAAGAGGAAUCUGAUGAAAACGACGGAGAUGAGCUUCUUACUUUUCCUAAAGGUGGCAUCCUCUCUCCUCUCAGCAAGUCUGUUGAAGCUGUGGUUACCCCACUGCGACUAUCAGCAGCCCAGGAGUCUAAUCCUCCUGUGUCUCUGACCCCAGAGGAAACCAGCAACCCCCCUCCUGAAACGUUUCCCCUCUACAGCAUCGAUGCGUACCGCACACAAAGGCAAAACAAGCUGCCCACCAUUCAGAGCGUGACGCCUGCCGUCCAAAGACGAACUCCAGAGACGCCAAACCCUGAAGCCCCUGUCGUCACCAAGGAGAGAAUAACGGCUUUGAAUGAAGAAGCUGGAAAACUGCAGACUGUGAUCAACCAGACGCUGCAAGCUCUGAGCUGCUGCACCGACGAGGAGCACGGGCGAGGCUCGCUGGAGGAGGCUGAAGCCGAGAAACUUCUGCUUGUUUCCUGUGAGAAGCACUCUGCUCUGUUGGCUGAAGUGGUCAGACUGAGGGAAGAGAGGAACCUGCAGUCUGGAGAGCUUCCAAAGGACACGGAUUAUGUUUCCCAGCAGCCCUGCAGAGGAACAGUCACUAUCACCAACAUCCAGCUGCCUCUGAAAGUGGAAUAUGUCUGUUCAUCACACAGCCGUGCAGGGCGACCGAGCCACUACUUCUUUGUCCUGAUUCGCUACGGGCCCUGCAACAUCAUCGCCACGCCGCUGGCCACCGCUGCUGAUGCUCGAAAUGGAGACACCAUCUCCUUCCCAACUGCAGUCAAACUACAGGAUAUUCGCUCGUCUUUUGAGAUUGAUGUGGAAGUCUACAGCCUGUGUUCUACAUCAGGAGCCAGCUGCAGCACGGACCGGACCAACACAAAGUCCCGUGUCACACCCAGGAAGCUUCUGAAUACCAUCACAAAGUCCAGCAACACAUACAACUGUGCGGCUCCCUCUGCUCUCAACACUCGCCGCUCCAGUAACUUCUCUCUGGUUGGUUCCCACAAAAUCACCUUGGCUUCACUGGGAUGCAGCAAAUUCCCCCUUGAUAAGAUGAAACUUGAUGGCAAAAUCAGGAAGCUGCUGGGAGAUGAAUUUCAGGAAAAGGUGCCGUUUCUUUCUCCACUAGAGGGCCACAUCUACCUGAAACUGGAAAGCAAGGGCCACUCUGAUGUCCGGCACCAAGGCUUCCUGACUAUGUUUGAGUUGAUCAGUGGAUUUGGAGUUUGGAAUCGACGAUAUUUUGUUCUGGAGGAAUGCAACAUGUACUGGUGGAACAACCCGAAUGACAGAGAGACCAAGGAAGCAGAAGGCAGCAUCUUUCUGUCCAGGUCUCCCAAUCAGUGCGUCAGGCCUGUUAAGAGGGAUUCAUGUGCUCGACCUUUCACCUUUGAGCUGGUGAACACCUCACAGCAGGACGACCAGAAGCAGGAAGCUCUGUCCAAGUGUUGGUUCUCUGCCGAUACCAAGCAGGAGAGGUUGGACUGGAUGGAGAAGCUCAACCAAGCCCUGCUGGACUUCCACACCUGGAACUCACCCGAGAGGGUAAACGAGGCGGUGAGGGAAAGCAUCCUGUAACCGAAUGGAGAUCCAUUAUGGCGUCCUGGGGUGGGCUCUAAGGUGUCGGCUUGACUCUGAGUCAUCAGGAGACUAAGCUCUGAUUCACUUUAUUGAUUUAUCAAUGGGAGAUUUAUCCAGUUUAUUUUUCUGUUUUCCUUAAACCUGAAUCCAAUCUGUUAUUGUUGGUUUUCAGUUUUAUCUGCAAACUCUGUUGCCAUUUGAAUAUUUUUAGUGUUAUGUUAUUUUUUUUUAACUCUGGUUUUAUUUUCUUGAAGAUUUCUUUGUUUUUGUUUUCUUCAUUGGCAAUCAGCUGCUUUGUGGGUAAUAAUCAGUCACUUUAAUCUGAAAGGGGUUUUUCUUAUUUUUUCUAUCGGUAUACAUGUAUGGAUUCAGAUUCUGUUUUUAUUGUUUAAGGUUGAAGGAUAAAUAAUUCUAAUUAAUACACUAAUGCUAAACAAAUGUUUGACUCGUCUUUGGGAAGAACAGAAACACUACAAAUAAAACAAAUCAGAAGCAAUUCUUAAAGACGAUUCGUAUUUGUUGUAGAUUUUUUUUAUGUUUGUUUUUUUUUUUGUUUCACUGAGGACCCAGUUUAUCAGUUGAAAGGGAAAAUUGACAAAUUAUGUUCUGCUUUCAGCAGUUUUGGACACAAAAAAGCUUAUCUUUGCUUAUUUGUCUUAUGUAGAAGAGAAAUUAUGACGCAGUUUUAUUCACUUUAAUUUGUAGAAGAAGAGGUUGGUGCUCAGACAUCACACUUGUCGCUUAUUUUCAUAACCGUAUACUCUAAAAUAUAAAUCAGAGAAAUAUAUUUUUAGCUGGGUUUUUUUUUUCCGGAAUAUGAACUUUUUUUCUUUUACUGCUGACAUCAUGUCAGAUUGUUCUCAGAACCCUGACAAGGUCGUCUUUAUUGCACAUUUAUGAUUCAUUUAGUUACUAAGUAAAACGUAAAUAGAUUAUAUUUUCUGUCCCCUGUAACUUCUUCUGGUUUCUUGUAUGUGCUUAUUCUCAAUGUAUAGACUUGAGUAUCAAUAAAAUUUAGAAAAUUAAAAA